AUGGAGUCUCCCGAUGAGAUGGGAUGCCAGGCACCAGAACGUCCUAUUCUUUGUGUUAACAAUUGUGGUUUCUUCGGAAGGGAAGCUACCAUGAACAUGUGUUCCAAGUGCUACAAGGACGCAUUGUUAACCCAGGAGCAGGACAAACUUACUGCGACAUCAGUUGAAAACAUUGUAAAUGGCAAUGGAAAGCUAGCUAUGACUGCAGGUGUUGUUGAUGUACAAGUUGAAAAUGUGGAGGUCAAUACAGUAUGUCCCGAAGUUCCAGAUAAUUCGGUCUUUGGCGAGAGUGUGGAGACGAAAGCCAAGACUGGUCCUAGCAGAUGUGCCACUUGCCGGAAACGUGUUGGACUAACUGGUUUCAGCUGCAAAUGCGGCAACCUCUUCUGUGCAAUGCAUCGAUAUUCUGAUAAACAUGAAUGCCCUUUUGAUUAUAGAACUGUUGGUCAGAAAGCCAUAGCAGAAGCCAAUCCAGUAAUUAAGGCAGAUAAACUUGAUAAAAUCUAG